CCACAAUGAGUACCUACUUCCAAUACCCAACUCCUGAGGUCCAGCAGGAGCUCAAGAAGAUUGCCCAGGCGAUUGUAGCUCCUGGCAAGGGUAUCCUCGCUGCAGAUGAGUCAACUGGUACCAUGGGCAAACGUCUCCAAGACAUCGGAGUCGAGAACACAGAGGAAAACAGACGCAAAUACCGCCAGCUUCUAUUCAGCUCGGACCCUGCCCUCUCCGAAAACAUUUCUGGAGUGAUCCUGUUCCACGAGACGUUGUACCAGAAGGCCGAUGAUGGCACUCCAUUGGUGCAACUCUUGGAGAAGCGCGGCAUCAUUCCCGGCAUCAAGGUCGACAAGGGUGUCGUGCCAUUGUUUGGAUCUGAAGAUGAAUGCACUACUCAAGGUCUGGAUGACUUAGCCCAGCGCUGCGCCCAGUACAAGAAGGACGGGUGUCACUUCGCCAAGUGGCGUUGCGUCCUCAAGAUCGGACGCUUCACGCCCUCGUACCAGGCCAUCAUGGAGAACGCCAACGUGCUCGCUCGUUACGCCUCCAUCUGCCAGAGCCAGCGCAUUGUGCCAAUUGUUGAACCCGAAGUUCUGCCUGACGGUGAGCACGAUUUGGACCGCGCACAGAAGGUGACCGAGGUGGUGCUAGCUGCCGUAUACAAGGCGCUCAGCGAUCACCACGUGUUCCUUGAAGGAACCCUGCUUAAGCCAAACAUGGUGACAGCUGGUCAGAGUUGCAAGAAGACUUACACACCAAUGGACAUUGGCCGUGCUACAGUCACCGCGUUGCUCAGGACAGUACCCGCUGCUGUUGCCGGAGUGACCUUCCUCUCUGGUGGUCAAUCGGAGGAAGAGGCUUCAGUGAACCUGAAUGCCAUCAACACAGUGGACCUGAAGCGUCCAUGGCCCCUGACGUUCAGCUACGGUCGGGCGCUCCAAGCAUCGGUGUUGAGAGCCUGGGCCGGAAAGCCUGAGAACCUAUUGGCUGGACAGCAGGAGCUUCUGAAGAGAGCCAAGGCCAACGGGCAGGCUGUCAGGGGAGUCUACGUGGCUGGCUCAAUACCUUCCUUAGCAGCCUCCAAAUCUAACUUUGUUAAAUCGCAUGCCUAUUAGUUUAAUAAUCUUACUGCCAGUUGCAGAAAGCAUCCAUGAAGUUAAUAUUUCAUUAAAUAUAAUAACGGUAUUACUUUACACUUUCUUUUUCAUUUUGACAGUCAAAGAUAGCAUGAGAUUAACGGCCGUUUUCAAUAACCUAUCUAUCCUUAGUUUAACUUACAAGGUUGACAAAUCUAUCCUUUUACGCUUAUUUACAUUUCGACAUAACUAUAUGCAUUGGACUAUAACUAUAUUGGACAUAACUAUGGAUGGAUGAGAUCUUGUCAUUAAACGGUGAUAGCAAUGUAUCCGUAACUAGUGAUACGUUAUUGGAAACGGCCGAUAAUGAACCAUUAACUGUAAAUAUGCCUUCUGCAACUAAAUAAUAAAUAAACAAAUAAAUAAAACACUUGUAGUGUAGGGAUGACUAAAAAUUACACAAAAUUAUAAACACCAAAAAUGAAAUCAGUCUUAUAAUAAUUAUUACAUUCUUAUUGAAAUGACAAAAAAAUUUACAGAUAUUUUGUUUUAGCCUAUUUUUCUAAAUUUAUUUAUUUUUAAGGAUCGCAUCCCCUUUUGUUGUUUUUUAUAAAAAAAAAACUUUAUAUAGAUUUUAGUAUUGACUAAAAAGUUAUUAAUUUACAAAAUUUUAUUUAACCACACAAAUCUUCAUUAUUGAUCAAUAUGAUAGGAACAUGUGCAUUUAAUAUUUUAAAUAUGGAAAUUUAUAUAUUUUAAUAUUAAUUAAUGCUCGAAUCUAACUAGAAGGAUUACUAUUCGUUUAAGCUUAUAUAAAUAUUUAUAUAUGUAAAAAUGCUAAUUUACCAGAAUUACAUGUAUAGACAAAACUAACAUUUUUAUACUAUGUUUUUUGACUGACAAAUACACAGAUUGAAAAUAAAAUUUGCUACACACAAGUUAACUAUUGUAUGUUGAGUAUUGUCAACUUGGAGUAAAAUUUGUAUUACUUACUUAUUAGACUAGAAUAAUCAUAGUUUCUCAACCUUAUUUUGCUCACCGCCCACUUUGGGAAUAUGUUUUUUUCUAGAGUAUUUUCGUGUAUUUUUUUGCCGUUUUAGACUAUAUUUUUUAAUCUACCCACGCCCCAUCUGCGCCAUCUCAAUGCCCCCUAAUUUUCUCUGGGUCUUCUACUGCCCCCCCGAAGGUCUCAAACGCCCACAAGGGGGCGUUAUCGCCCACGUUGAGAACCUAUAGACUAGAUUCAUAUGUAGUGUUAGCAAGUAAAAAAUCUUUUAAGUUGCCAACAUGAUGUUGUGUAACUUGUUGGUUUAAGAUCCAAUCGCUAGAGGGCGUUGUAAACAAAUGUUACUCCAGUAUGGCAUGUAGUGUGAGCUAUAUGUAAUUAAUAUUUUUGUAGUUAGCACUAAUAUUUGCUUUUGCACCAUUUUUGUAUGCACUAGAUCCAUGUACCCAUGCAUUAUUAAUAUGUAAUAUCCCUAUUUUAUUAGUUAUAACCUAGAAUGUUCUAAACCUAGUUCCUUGUUGCACUAACAUCAAUGUAGAGCUUCUUGUUACGUUGAAAUAAAUACAUUUAUAUAUUGUUUUUA